ACUCCUCUCCCAUUCCUAGAGUCCUACUACGGCUAUUUACGUCUCAGCACAGCCAGCCAAUCCCUGUCUUUCUAUCCGUUUUGGUUUUGCUUCUCUCACCUCCUUGAAUUCUCUCUCUCUCUCUCUCUCUCUCUCUCUCUCUCUCUCAUCAUUUUUUCUUCUGGGUUUCUACCUCUCUUUCUUUUCUCGGGCAGUUAACUUUAGGAGCUGAGUUUUAUUGUGUGCAGCUUUCCUUGGUUGGUUUCGUUUCGUUGAGGAGAGAACGGGCGUGCGGAAAUCAUCUCUCUUUUGACGAUGCCUGAUAUCCAAUCUCACAAUUGUUCCUAAAUACGAUGGCAUGCCAGGUGCAUGGAAGUUCUUUCUACAAUUCAAGAUUGAGUUUGCUAGUAUUUAACAAAACAGGGGACUUCCUGGACACAGCUUGAAUGACUUGAUUUUGGCAUCUUCAAAUUUGCUUCUGGUAAAAGCACUUUCUUGAAGUCAUUCAAGUUCAUGGAUGUUGGAGAAACAAAAUGUUCCUAUGGAAAGCCUCCAUGGAUAUUCAGAGGCAGCGCGUUGUAUCAGCUCCACCUUGUCAAAGCAACAACUGUUCGAGCAUGCAUCCCGAAAGAGUUCAGACUAGUUGAAGCAUUUGGGUACACUCUUGGUGGCUUCUUUCUUGCCAACUAUGAUGACAGUCCAGUUGGAAUGUUUGAUGAGCUCGUUGUGAUUGCUGGACUUGUUUGGAGCCCUCCAACAUCUUGCGCCUGGGCAGCUAAGGUGCUUGUGAAUAGUGAUGAAGCUUGUGACCAUGGACGAAAGGAAGUAGGGCUUCCAAGUCAAGUUGCGAGGUUUUCGAAGAGGAUUACAGCAGUUUCAAGGCAACCAAAGAGGAAAAACAUUGGAUUUCUUAAUGUAAUUGGUAGCAGUGCUGCUUUCUGUGAUCCAAAAGAAUGUAUGGAAGUUCAAGUGACCGAAAUCAAGGCUUCAUCGGUUAAAGAUUCCUUUAAUUUCAACCUUACCACUUUCGUGCCUGAAUCCAGUGCUGGGUGGAGGGGGCCGGCGAUCAAAUUGUCACUUCCAAGUUUUAGCGGCGGCACAGAAUAUUAUCCCAACCUUCUCAAGUACUCUUGCCGGAUUGAGUGCAGGGUACGAGCAGUGCAUCCAGCAAAAGUAUCAGGACCAUCUCCGAUGCCAAAGACCAAGACAAGACAAUCAUCAGAAAUCCAUACUAGCAAUACAAAGAACCACGCAACUGAAGAACUCGUGGAUAACGGCAAGAACCUCUGUGAAGCUGUGAUGUUAUCAAAGCCUGUAUUGGCAUUGGAGUUCAGUUGUAUGAAAAUGCAGGUUGAAGCUCCAGUUGUAGUUUCCAACUGCAGGAACUCUUUAGCAACCUCUUGAUCUUGUGUUCUUGUGUUGAGUUACAUAAUAUUCCAACUAAUCUUUUGGAGUGCUGUAAUUUAUAUUUUUAAUAUCAAACAGAUCAAUUGUUUGAAACUAUUAUAAAAAAUAAAAUAAAUAAAAUGGAAACUUGGGAUUUUA